AUGAGUUUUCCUAGUCUCAGGUGCCUCUCAGUUCUCACUGCGCUUGCUGCGGUGCUUGCUCUCCAGGAGGUGCAAGCCAGCCCCUUCCUAGUAGCGACUGAAGCUUCCUCGGCCUUCUAUUCGAGAGAUGUGAAGCCCGGCAAAGAUUAUCAAAGCGACCCCAACACCAUCUCUUCCUGCAGCUUUUGGUACGACAAUGAUGGCUCUCUGGCCUGCGAUGUACUGCCCCCAGGCUUUGGCAUUACACUUGAGCAGUUUGUGGCCUGGAAUCCUUCCUUGACUUCCGCCUGCGGUAAUUUCCGUAAAGGCUGGUCUUAUUGCGUCGAGAUCUCGCAGAUCGAUGUGCCCAAUCCACCCGUGUCCCCUUCUCCGACCAAGGGUCCCACGACUGCAACAACCCCGCCAGCUACAACCACCCGGCCAGGAAACGGAGUAGAAACUCCCGAACUGGUGCAGCCAGGCAUGGUCCAGAACUGUGACAAGUUCCACCCCGUCGAGGCUGGCCAGAGCUGCAGCGCGAUUGCCGACAAAUACCGCAUCACGGUCGCACAGCUCAUUGAGUGGAGCAAUCUCAAUGCCGGCUGCUCAAAUGCCUGGGCUGGCUACAAUGUCUGCGUACACACUAUUGGGCUGGUCGCCACCACUGCCUCACCCACCACCACCACCACCAAGAAGCAGCCAGCUACAACAACUAAGCCAGGCAACGGAAUAGAGACGCCUGAGCUGGUACAACCAGGCAUGGUCAAGAACUGCGACAAAUUCCAUGCUGUCGAGUCUGGCCAAAGUUGUGUCGCACAGCUCAUCCAAUGGAACAAUCUCAACGCCGGUUGUUCGAACGCCUGGGCUGGGUACAGCGUCUGCGUGCACACGAUUGGCCUGGCAAGCACCACAACGAAGAAACCCGCCCCUACGACCACCAAGAAACCGCCGGCCUCCACGACCACCACAGGCAACGGCAUCAAGACACCCUCGCCCCUCCAGCCAGGCGUAGUCAACAACUGCGACAAGUUCCACGUGGUCAAGUCCGGUCAGACUUGCGCCAAAAUCGCUGCCAACUACGGCAUCACCGUAGCCCGCCUUGUCUCAUGGAACAAAUCUCUCACCACCAAAUGCACGGAGCUCUGGCUCGACGCCAACGUCUGCGUGCACACCAUUGGCUACAAAGCCACCACGAAGCCGACAUGUGCGACCAGUGGCGCGAGCUGGGGCAGCAACAAGGCUGCCGCCCUCAAAAGCGUCACUGAGUGGUGCGAUGGCCAAGACAAGUCUGAUGGCAGCGGCGGAUAUGCUACCGCCCAGACGAAGAAGGGUUGCUUCAACGCUCCCGACGGAAAGAACAAGAUUGAGUUGUGGGCUCGUGAUGAUUUUGGUAUUGGGGCCAAGCUCACGGCUGCGCUGUGUGAGCAGAUUGUCAAAGUCCCCGUCAACAGCUGCGCGAAAGGUGGCACGGCCGUCCAUGAGGGAUGGUGGGUCAAGGCACUACUUACUUCAGAAUCUAUUGCGAGCUGA